AUGCAGCUGAUUACGAACGAUCAUUUAGACGUGCCAUCGCUCCCAGUGAGCGAGGACCCUACUUCCUUGUACAGCGUGAAAGGUAUCGUAAUUCUGGAUCAAGAUGGAAACAGAGUGAUUGCAAAGUACUUCGAUAAGACAACGUUUGGAACUACGAAGGAACAGAAAGCAUUUGAGAAAAGCCUCUUCCAGAAAACGUCUAGAAAUUCCUCAUGUGAGAUUUUCUAG